GGCACCCACACCGGUCAAAUUAACGAUGACAGUGAGCCAGGAUGCAGUGAAUUUUUUGGAUGUCCAUAUCUUUAAAAAAGAGAUGAAGCUUGGGUAUACUUUAUUCACCAAGACAACGGAUCGUAACACCCUACUCCAGGCUGACAGCUUUCACCCACGACACUUGAAAGAAUCCUUACCACUCUCCCAGUUCCUAAGGGUUAAAAGGAAUAACUCAGAUCCCAUGAGAGCAUGCUUACAAACUAAAGAAACAUGGAAUAGGUUUAAACAGAGAGGCUACAAGGAUGCUACUCUUCAGAAAGCACUUGAUAAGAGCCAACAGCCUAUGAGAGAGAAAAAAGAUGAUACACCACGACUAGUCUUUCCGACCACCUACAAUACGGCAUCCCACAGCCUCAAGAACACCUUGCACUCCAACUGGCGUUUACUAUCAGAAGAUCCAACACUACCAAAAAUCUUUCAGAAUCCACCCAUGUUGUGCUAUAAACGGGGAAAAAAUCUACGUGACCUCCUGGUAAAGACGGACCCAGUACACUGCUACACCAAACAACAAACAGCACAGAGCCUUGGUUGCUAUCGCUGUCUGGGCUGUGUCACCUGCAGCCACAUGAUACCUGGAAAAUUCUUCCAGCAUCCACACACUGGGCAGAAGUACCAAAUUAGGCAUAGGUUGACCUGCACUUCGGAUUUUGUCAUCUAUAAACUCCAGUGUCCGUGUGGCCUCUCCUAUGUGGGCAAAACUGACCUCCCACUGAGGGAACGGAUCCGCAACCACAGAUCCAACAUUCGCAUUGCCUAUAGGGACAAUAAGGCUGAACUCCCUGUAGCAAAACACUUUUUGGCCCAUGGCCACACGUUACCCACCCUGAAAUUUAUGGCUAUAGACCAUAUACCCCCCCUCAGACGUGGGGGUGAUCGAAGUAAACUUCUUCUACAACGUGAAAUGUUCUGGAUAAAAACUCUGGACACAGUAUAUCCCAGAGGCUUGAACGAGAAGUACACAUUAUCUAUGUUUCUAUAGUACAUUUUUUUGUUUCCCUGUAGGAGUUAAAUACACUGUUUAAUCUCAUCCAAUAAUCCUAAACAUAUUUGUUUAUACAGCAAUGUGUAUAAAUUGUCUUGUUGCUAUAAUUUGAUUUAUGCUCCCCCUGCAUACAUUGCAUAUCAUUCCAUUGCUUAUUCCAUGCAUGGUAAUUAGGCUAUUACACAUAGUUUGGCCACACAUACUAAUCAUAUAGGGGUUAAAUACCCUACUAGACCACCAUACUCCAAUGCUGUGUGCUAUGUACCUAAGAGAUUACACUACUCAUGUCACAUCUUGUAUAUAAUCAUAAAUAACUAUGCAGGGGACACUAUGCAAUUCAACACUGGUCAUUUUGUCUGUCCAUAUUAUUUAUUAAACUUUAGUACCCUAUGCAUAAUCAAUGUAUUAACAUGGUAACACCUCCUGCAUUGAGCUGUUGUUUUUAUUUUUAUUUUUAAAAUCAUGUAUGUCUAUAUUAAAUGUGUUUUUUAGAUCCGAACCAUGAGAUAUGCCCACCCUAUUUGCUACAAGUUUAAGAAUAGACUUAUAGUUCAGCUCUUUCCUCAGUUACACAGGAACAGAUACACCCUUUCAGUGCUGCAUUGGAUGAAUUGCUCCAGCACUCAAAGAGUGAAUUUCCAGUAUGAUAACAGAUUUUGGAUUCCUGAUGGCCCUUCCAGCCUGUUAUACUGUUUAAAUAUAUGAAGACAGUCAGAUUCAUUUUUGAAACAUUCUAGACUCUGUAUCCACUCCUACUUUACCCUGAGCUCAAUCAUGUUUGUAGCUACUAGGACACAAAGUGGAAAGCAACCAGUCCAGUUGGAUUGUUACUUAGUAACCUGUAGCCCCGCCCCUUUUCUGGGCCUUGCACACAUGGCCACCACACUCAGAGUUACAUUACUCUCUAAUGCAGGGCAAGCUGUCUCAUGGCUAGGUGAGUACACAAUUAAGGUAAAUUAUUUUGAGGGAUUGGGGGUAUAUAUUUCUUUGUGUCUGCACUUGUAAGUUAUGUUUUGUCCUGAUGAAAGCUCCAUGUGGGAGCUGAAACGUUGACUUUUUAAAUGGAUUGAAUAAAAGCUAAAUUUUAUUUGAAAAUCUCUAUAAAGUCCUUGGAGUGCGGUCAUUUCUGCUAUGUCUAUAUGAUAUAUACCAUAUAUUAUGCGUGUGUGUGUACAGUAUGUAUGUAUAUGUAUAUAUAUGUAUGUGUAUAUGUGUGUGUGUGUGUGUGUGUAUAUAUAUAUAUAUAUAUAUAUAUAUAUAUAUAUAUAUAUAUAUAUAUAUAUAUAUAUAUAUAUAUAUAUAUAUAUAUAUAUAUAUAUAUAUAUAUAUAUAUAUAUAUAUAUAUAUAUAUCUCAAGAGGGGGUUGGCUGCACUCACCCGAACAUGCAUAAAUGGGGGUGCUGCUGGGAGCCAAAUAAUACAAUACACAAGAUCCAGAGCACUCACCUAUCCACUAAACAGCAACUUCAAUGUUGAAUGAAUUUUUUUUUAUUAUUUUUUUAAAACACCUAAUCUAGGCAAAAAUAAUGGGGGUUUAGUUACAUUAUAUGAUCAUACAUUGCAUAAGCCUGCCACAACGCCAAUGUACCCCAUCUUUGGCAGGUCCUACACUAACAGCCUAAUGUCUGCUCUUAUCUCUUAUGAGAUUAACCCACUUACUCAGGGGGGAAAAAAAUCCAUCUGGGGCUCUCUGCAGUACAAGGCAAAAUAGGGCCCUGGGAUGAGGCACCUGUGACAGGGAGGGGUGCAAAACCACUUGGUCACAAACACUGGCCAAAGUUAGUGUUAAUAUUUGUUUGUGUGUGAAAAAUGCAAAAAACUAAUUUGAACGCCAAAUUUGUGACUAAGGGGCUACUAAAAAGACUGGACAUACCCUAUUUGCAAUACCUUGGGUUGUCUACUUUUGCAAAUGGUAUGCCAUCAUGGGGGUAAUUCUCAUUCCUUGGCUACCAUACUGUCUCAAAUGCAAUGUAACCAAUCUGGCGAAUUUCAACGUGAAAAAACUGAAAUGUAACAUGCUAUAUUUGACCCUGUAACCCCUCAAAACACCAUAAAACCUGUACAUAGGGGGUACUGUUUUAUAUGUGAGACAACUCUGAAUACAAAUGUGUACUUUAUUGCAGUAAGAGCAAACAGUAUUAUAACAUUCACAGUUAGAAUGUCAUGUAGAACUAAAGAUUAUUUUUUUUAAUGCUUAAUUUCUCCCAUUUUUUUAUAUUUUACUCAUAUUAAAUUGUUUUAUACCUAAAUAUAUUUGAUGUUAAAUGAAAGUCCUGUUUCCCUUGAAUAAAAUGAUAUAUAAUAAGUGUGGGUGCACAUAAUAUGAAAGAGGUGAAUUACGCCUGAACAGAUAUAUAGUGCAAAUUCAAGUUUACGUUUUGUUUUGAUCACAACGUGUACAUUUUGUUCAGUCCUUAAGGGGUUAAUGGAAGUGAAUUAGGGAUAACAACACACGAAAAGGACUUUGGAAUUGUUAUAGACAAACUAGGCAACAACGUGCAAUGUCAAUCAGCAGUGGCCAAGGCCAGUAAGGUAUUGUCAUGCAUGAAAAAGGGCAUUAAUUCUCGGGAUAAGAAUAUCAUUUUGCCUCUUUAUAAAUCACUGAUAAGACCACAUCUUGAAUACACUUUGCAAUUUUGGGAACCUGUUCUAAAGAAGGAUAUUAUGGCACUAGAAAAAGUGCAGAGGCGGGCUACAACAUUAAUAAAAGGAAUGGAACAUAUCAGCUAUGAUAAAGGUUAACAAAUUUAAACCUUUUUAGUUUAGAAAAACGUCGCCUGAGUGGGGAUAUGAUAACAUUAUACAAAUAUAUUUGGGGCCAAUACAAACCAUUGUGUGGAAAUCUAUUCACAAACCGGACUUUACAUAGGACACGAGGUAAUGCAUUUAGACUGAAAGAUUUUUUUUUCUAAGGCAAAGGAAAGGGUUUUUUCUUUUUUUUUUACUGUAAGAACAAUAAGGAUGUGGAACUCUCCGCCUGAAGAAGUGGUUUUAUCAGAGUCCAUACAAAUGUUCAAACCGCAACUAGAUGCAUACUUGCAAAAACAGAAUAUUCAAGGAUAUAAUUUUUCAAUGUAGGGUAGUAGUUGCUUGAUCCAAGGAUAUAUCUGACUGCCAUUCUGGGGUCAAGAAGGAAUUUUUUCCUAGUUUGUUGCAAAAUUGGAAGUGCUUCAAACUGGGUUUUUUUGCCUUCUUUUGGAUCAACAGCAAAAAACAAAUGUGAGGAAGGCUGAACUUGAUGGACGCUCGUCUCUUUUCAGCUAUGUAACUAUAAUAUGCACACGUUCUUAUUGCCAAAACUGUAAAAAAAAAAAAAAAAAUACGUUUAUUCUGGGGUUGUUGUUGUUUUUUUGCAUUUUGUUGUUUUUUUUUUUUUUUUUAUAAUAAAUGAGAAUUUUUAUAUGUACAUGUCACAUCUAAUUAAAGCCCACUUUGUCAUUUAAACAAACUAUAUAUAAUAAUAUAUGUUGGUGCAAAAAAAAAGCAAAAAAUUGCUUGUGUCAAGUGAUUAUCCCUUUAAGGAUGCAGCUUUAGCUUAUUUAACUUAACCCCUUCAGGACCAGCCUGUUUUGGCCAUGUUGUACGUUAAGGACCGGGGCUCUUUUAACACUUCUGUUGUUUGUGUUUAGCUGUAAUUUUCCUCUCUCUCAUUUACUGUUCCCAUACAAUUUAUAUUUUUUUUUCAGGACUGAAAAGGCUUUCUUUACAUACCAUUAUUUGUAUCAUGUCAUAUAAUUUACUUUAAAAAAAAAAGUAAACAAACACUGGCCAAAGUUAGUGUUAAUAUUUGUUUGUGUGUGAAAAAUGCAAAAAACUAAUUUGAACGCCAAAUUUGUGACUAAGUGGCUACUAAAAAAGACUGGACAUACCCCACUUGCAAUACCUUGGGUUGUCUACUUUUGCAAAUGGUAUGCCAUGAUGGGGGUAAUUCGCAUUCCUGGGCUACCAUACUCUCUCAAAGGCAACAUAACCAACCUGGCAAUUUUCUAUGUAAAAAUAUUUGACCCUGUAACAUUUAAAAAUGCUAUAAAACCUGUACAUGGGGGGUACUAUUAUACUCGGUAGGCUUUGCUGAACACAAAUAUUAGUGUUUCAAAACAGUAAAACGUAUCACAACAAUAUUAUCAGUAAAAGUGCUCUUUGUGUGUGAAAAACGCAAAAAAAUCACUUUCACUGACAAUAUCAUCGCUGUUAUAUGUUUUAAUGCUUUGAAUCACUAAUAUUUGUGUUCAGUGAAGUCUCCCGAGUAAAACCGUACCCCCCCAUGUACAGGCUUUAGGGUGUCAUAGAAAUUUACAGGGUUAAAUACAGCGCUAGCAAAUUAAAUUCUCUGGACUUUUGGCCUAGGUUGUCAGGCAGGUCCCUCAAAUUGCAAUUCAUAAAAUUACUUAAUUAUAUAAAAAUAUUACAUAAAUACGCACAUAGAAUUGAAAUAUAUAUGCAUAUUUAUAUAUUUGAAGUCUACGUGUAUAUUUAUAUAAUUAUUUAUGUCAUUUUGUAUAUGGACAUAUGUAUAUUUCAUAUUAUUUUUAUUUAUAUAUACAUAGAUAUAUACAAUUUAAUUCUAAGUGUAUUUUCAUAUAUAUAUAUAUAUAUAUAUAUAUAUAUAUAUAUAUAUAUAUAUAUAUAUAAAAAAAAAUUUCAUAUAGAUAUACAUUUAUUUCAAAAUUAUUAUUUUUAAAUUUUUAGUUUAUUUUAAUUUACUUAUUUGAAUUUUAUAACGUAUAUAUACAAAAUAUUUAAUAUAUACACACACACAUUAUAGAAUAUAAAAAUACACUAAGUAUGACAUUAAAUAUGAUAUAUCGACAUAUUAUAUAGGUAUAAAAUAUAUAUAUAUAUACACACACACACACACAUAUAUAUAUAUAUUUUUUUUUAUUAACAUUAAAAAAAAUUUAUUUUUCUGAUUUUACACUUGCACGGAGACUGCCUGUCAGCACAGGCAGUCCCCCUGCAGGCAAACACUAGGACACCUAUUGUGACCAUGUGACUGCUCUGUUGAGCGAUCACAUGGCCCCUGGGGUCCUAAUUUGCCGUGGGGAGACUGCCUGGGCUACAGGCAGUCUCCCCACACCAGGAGCAAUGCAGAUCGCCGCCGAGAGAACGACGGCGACCGGGUGAGUAACAAUUACAGUUAUAACGGUUCAGGACCGUCAUUGGUCCUUAAGGGGUUAAUAACUUGUAACAUGCAUAAAAUAAACAAUUAGUGACAGUCAAAUUAGAGGCCAACCAGUAGAUAUUGGCAGCUACCACAACUGAUACCUAUCAUUACAUAAUGUUUACCAUUGUGAAAAGUUGAAAUGGGAACAUCACAUUUACAUGUCCCUCUAUUUAAAAAAUGUGUUUGCGAAGUGUAAAAAAAAAAAAAAAAAUUACAGAAGUGUACAUCUUUUUAUCCAGCAAUGGGGUACUUCCCUCUGAGGUCCCUGUCAGGCAUUGUUAUAUAAGUUCUGUUUUUUGAAUCUGACAGUUGGCAUAGGAAAAAAUGUGCAGAGAAGAGUGGAAAUUAUACAAUGCUUCUAUUUUUUCCUUCUCAUUUGCAAUAUUUGCCCUCAUUUUGUCUUGUGUAAACUGGAUUAUGAUGUAAUUUGUUAAUUAUGUAUUUAAAAAUGUAAAAGAAAAGAAAACAUCACAUGAAAAAAUAAUUAAAGACACUCAAAGCACCAAAUCACUGUUAGCUUAAAGGGAUACCUUAAGCACCAAUGCAACUUUAUACUACUUCUGUAUAGACCAGUUAUGGUGAACCUUUUUGUGCCCAAGUGCCCAAACUGCAAUACAUGCCACCUUUUGUUUCCUCAAAGUGCCAACACUGCAAUUAAACCUGAAUACUGAUGUUUAAAUUUAGAAAAAACAACUCGUACAGUUGUCUGAACUAAUUAACAACUUUUGUUUUAAAAGACGAACACAACAGAGUUCAAUGAUACAAAUUUUAAAUAAGGAUAUAAAUAGAUCAAUUUAAGCUUAUAUUUAUUAGUAUCACCAACAAAUGCAAUACUGCUGAAUACACAUACAGACAGACUGCUGAAUACACACACACACACUGCUGAGUACACAAACACACACAUACUGCUGAGUACACAAACACACUGCUGAGUAUACACACAGACAGACUGCUGAGUACACACACACACACACACAGACUGCUGAAUACACAUACUGCAUUGAGGGAUGCAGUGUAUGUAUGUGUGUGUGUGAGGGGUGUUGUGUGUGGGGGGUGUGUGUGUGUUGUGGGGGCAGGGGUGCAAUGUAUUGGGGUGCUGUGUGUGUGUGUGGGAGGGGUACUCUGUGGGGGAGUCGAGGGGCUAUGUAUAUGUUGGGGUAGGGGUGCUUUGUGUGUGUGGGAGGUGUGCUCUGUGUGGGUAGGGGGUGGUUAAAAAAAAAAAAAAGUUACGUUAAAUCUGUAUCCCCCUCCCUCCUAUUUACCUUUAAUGGGGACAGCUAUCCCUGGUGGUCCAGUGGUGGUAAGUACUGCUUCCGGGUCAGGAGGCAGGGGGAGGGAUCUGCGAAGCAGCUCCCCUGUCCUCCCGCGCGAUGCUGUGUGGAGCAUUGCCAUGGUAACGCGCGGCAACGCUCCAUUGAUGGUGAACCUAUGGCCGCCAUCAAUCCAUACUCUGCAUUGAUGGCGAACCUAUGGCCGCGUGCCCACAGAAAGGGCCCGGCCUGCUACCUUUGGCACGCGUGCCAUAGGUUCGCCACCAUUGGUAUAGACCAUGCAACUUCAUCUUUAUCUUUGAUAUACUCACUUUGACUGUGUUGGAAUAUUACUGAACUUUCAAACCCAGUCAAAAGAUAUGUUAAGACAAGGGAUUACUUUGUUGUAGUAUUUUUUUCCACUUGAAGAAAGGUGGAGUCAAGCUAUGUCAAAGCUUGUCAAACCCUCCCAUCCUUAACAGCUGUGGGGAAAAGGCUCUGUCUAUUGAGGAUCCUCCAUAGACAUCAGUGCUGUACUCUCAUGCUCCUGGCAGCUGAAGCACUAGGAGAUGUAGAGGACCAGACAGAAGAGGAUGUUGACUGGGCCAGUGCAAGGAUCUUUGGCUACACAGGUGAAGAUGAUUUGUCUCCUCCCAACAAAAUGCAUUUUCACCUGUAUGUCUCUUAAACCACCUUUUGAAUUUCUUAACCCCUUUAGUGUUUCAUAUAGCUAUUUACAACCCCCUCUUUGUGGGUCUUUUACUCUUCCCAGCUUUAUUGUGUAUGUCCCUAUCUCCUCUACCAUCUUUGGGCAUUUAGGUGUACCCUCCAGCCCCUCUUUGUGUCUCUUUCUCCCCAACCCCAUUUUGCAUAUCUCUUCUCCAACCCAUUUUGUGUGUCUUUUCCCUCUUUUCUGUCUUUCUUCCACCCCCUUUCUCUCCUUCCCCAGCCCUCUUUCGUGUGUCUUUCUCCCCUUCCCCAGCCUCUCUGAGACUCUGUCCCCAUAGCCCCUCU